AUGGCUUCCCCCACUCAUUUCGACGAUGAAUUCGAUUUCGGAGGUGGAUUUAGCGGAAGACAUCUAGCUAGUAAGAGAUCAUCUCCCGAUUUCGACGAUGAAGAUUACGAUAAUGAUCCUUUUGCGCCGAAGAAGGCUAAAUCAAAAGCUGAAGAAGCUUCAGGUGUCACAACAGGAAUGAUUUUGUCACUGCGCGAGAGUCUUCAGAACUGUAAGGAUACCCUUGUAACAUGCCAAAAUGAACUUGAGGCUGCAAAAUCUGAGAUUCAGAGUUGGCAUUCUACACUUAAAAAUGAACCUUCUGUACCUGCUGGGGUGACUCCAGAUCCCAAAAUGUUGAUAAAUCAUCUUCAGACCUUGAAAACCUCUGAAGAGUCUUUAAGAGAGCAGCUUGAAAAGGCGAAGAAAAAGGAAGCUGCAUUCAUUGUAACAUUUGCGAAACGAGAGCAGGAGAUAACCGAGUUGAAGUCUGCUGUGUGGGAUCUGAAAGUGCAACUCAAGCCACCAUCUAUGCAGGCUAGGAGGUUGUUACUAGAUCCAGCUGUUCAUGAAGAGUUCACUCGUUUAAAGGUGGGUGGGAAAAAUUGA